AUGGUUUGCUAUAAAAUGGUCAAAAUGAGGUAGUAACAGGUUUAAAAAUUUGUUAGGUACGCAUUAAGGAAAUCCACAAAGUUUCUUGAAGUUAGAUAUAUAUAAUGUUUAUAAGCUCUGAAAUAUAUUUUAGUAAUUCUGGGACGGAUAGAAGGACAAAUACAGAGUAUGUGUGAAUGUAAGAAGGUUUAGAAUAAUUAAUGUUUCUGUUUCCAAUUCAAUAUUUUAAAGAUCCACGGAAACCUUCCACUUAAAAACUUUAAAUCUUACUCUCUACUUUAUCAAGCAAAAAAUUAAAUUUUCUCUUGUUAUUUAUAUUUACUUUGAGGUAUUUAUAAAUUUUAACAAUAGGGAAGCUUGAAUAUUGUUUUAUAAACAGCAUUUAUGAUUUUUAAUGAAAAAAUAUUCCAAAUUUUUUCAAAUUUACAACAAGUAUUAUUCAGAAAUUAGAAUCAAUUGUUAGAAGAACGGUUGUAUAUUUCUAUGAUCAUUAGCAAUUCUAUGUUGUCUGCAAAAUCAUAAGAAGUAUUUUUUAAAUUAGACCUUUGUUUUAAUGAGACUAGAAGUCUUCAAGAUAGUCUGAGAGACUCUGAGAUGAUAGAGGAACACCUUAGAGUAAUAUAGUCCACGGUCAGAAGGCCAACAUCACUGUAAAAGGUGAUCCUCCUGUUCCGCCUAAGAGGAAAAGAGGCAGAGGGAAAUGAUUAAAUGGUUUUUCAUUUCAUAAAUAUUAUUAUUACUAUUAAACCAUUUUUGGAUAAAAGUAUCAAUUAUUCAUAAUUUCUCUGCAUAACAUAUUAUUUAGUUUACAACUUAAUACAAUCCAAAAGUCAAAGGAUUCUUCCAAGACUUUUAUUAUAUAACUUUUUGUUUUUGUCUUUAAAUUCUGCAUUUUAAACAAUUUAUUAUUGA